AUGAGCGACAACGUCGUACGCCUCAACACCACACAGACACAGGAGAUCAUGCUACGAUACUUUGGUUUCGGCUCGGGCACCUCGGCGGCAGCGCCGUCAGCUGCCCUGAACCUGCCGGCGUCGUGGUACAGGAGCCCGGCCAUGUACGAGCUUGAGCGCCGCGCCGUAUUCUCGCAGCGCUGGAUCCUCAUCACGCACCAGCACAGAUUCUCCAAGGCCGGCGAUUUUCACACCUCCACGCACGCCGGCUUCUCCUUUUUCCUCGUACUGGACCGUGAGGGGAAUAUCAAUGGCUUCCACAACAUGUGCAGGCAUCGCGCAUACCCAAUAUUCGAGAAGAAGUCGGGCACGGCCAGCAUCCUGAGCUGCAAGUACCACGGCUGGUCCUACGGACUGAAAGGCAACUUGGCUAAGGCGCCGCGGUUCGACACGGUCGAGGGUUUCGACAAGUCAAAGAACGACCUCUUGCCCAUCCACGUCUACAUCGACCCGUGCGGAUUCAUCUGGGUCAAUCUCGAGGCUAGCAAGACACCCUCCAUCAGCUGGGAAAAGGGGUUCGCCGGCUCCGAUAUGGAUAUUGCCGCCAACUGGAAGAGCCUGAUCGACAACUCCAAUGAGUGCUACCACUGCCCCACGUCGCAACCGCUCAUCGCUGGGGUGUCAGACCUCACGCAGUCCAGCGUAGACCCCAACGCCAGCAGCCUCGAGCACACCAUUGUCAACAAGCAAGGGUCCGACAAGGACCUCCAGCGCUCCAUUCCCUUUUUUUACCCGAGCACCUCGGCCACCGUGACGGACAACUUCUUCUACAUCCAGCGAAUGCUUCCCGUGACGGCAACCACGAGCCGAGUCGAGAACGAGGUGUUCAGGCACAAGAACGCCACCGACAAGCAGUUUGAGGAUAUCAACAAGUUCUACCACCAGGUCCUGAGCGAGGACAAGGACCUGUGCGACGGGGCGCAGAAGAAUAUGAACGCUGGGGUGCUUGUCGCGGGGGAGCUGCAUCCGGAAAAGGAGAGAGGCCCGCUGUACUUUCAGCAUGCUGUGCGCACCCAGAUCAUGGCGCACAGAAAGCUCGAGGAGGAGACGAACGGCGGGCGCGAGAUCUGCCCGGCCGUCCCCAAGAUGGACGGCACCAAGUCGUCUCUCGAGGAGAAUGUGGACUUUUGCGCGAGUCUGGAUGCCGCGGCGUUAGAGUUUUUCGACAGCGAGUGGAACUUUAUCGGUUCUAAGAGCGACCUCGUCCAUGCCAUUUCUGAAAUGACCAACAUAGACGAGGCCGUGCUCGAAGGCGCACAGUCUCUGGCAUCGAUUCCCGUGGGACGCAAGAUAUCCUGA